UCUGAUAAGAAACCAUGUCAAAAAAAGGACGGAGCAAGGGCGARAAGCCUGAGGCACUGAUUGUUGCCCUACAGGCUGCCAAUGAGGAACUCAGGACUAAGCUCACAGACAUUCAAAUUGAGCUGCAUCAGGAGAAGUCUAAGGUAGCUAAACUUGAAAGAGAGAAGACUCAAGAAACUAAGCGUAUCCGUGAAGUGGARCAGCGCAAGCAGACCGUGCAGAUCACAGAGCUAAAAGCCAAACUCCAUGAGGAGAAAAUGAAGGAGCUGCAGGCUGUGAGGGAGAACCUCAUCAAACAGCAUGAGCAGGAGAUGACGAGAAUGGUGAAAGUCCGAGACAGUGAAAUCCAGCGCCUCAAAUCAGCGCUGUGUGCGCUGCGGGACGGGAGCAGUGAUAAAGUACGGACAGCGCUGACUAUUGAGGCUCGUGAAGAGGCCAGAAAACAGUUUGACUCUGAGCGCCUUAAGCUUCUGCAGGAAAUUACUGAACUGAAGUCUGCCAAAAAGCAGGUAGAUGAGGCUCUUAACAAUAUGAUCCAGGCCGAUAAGAUCAAGGCAGGCGAUCUUCGGAGUGAGCAUCAAUCCCACCAGGAAGCCAUUUCUAAGAUCAAAUGGGAGAGUGAAAGGGAUAUUCGACGCCUGAUGGACGAGAUCAAAGCUAAAGACAGGAUCAUAUUUUCAUUGGAAAAAGAACUGGAGACACAGACAGGCUAUGUGCAGAAGCUGCAGCUGCAAAAGGAAGCUCUGGAUGAACAGCUCUUUUUGGUGAAAGAGGCAGAGUGUAACAUGAGCAGUCCCAAGAGAGAGAUCCCAGGAAGGGCUGGCGAUGGUUCGGAGCACUGCAGCAGCCCUGACUUGCGCAGAAACCAGAAGAGGAUAGCAGAGCUGAAUGCCACAAUAAGGAAGCUGGAAGACAGGAACACRUUGCUCGUUGAUGAACGAAACGAACUGUUGAAGCGUGUCCGAGAAGCUGAGAAACAAUGUAAACCUCUUCUCGAAAAGAGCAAGUGCCUCACAAAGAGAAAUGAUGAACUUAUGCAGUCUUUGCAACGCAUGGAAGAUAAACUCAAAGCAGUCACUAAAGAAAAUAUAGAAAUGAGAGAAAAAAUAACAUCACAUCCUCCUCUAAAGAAAUUAAGAUCUCUCAAUGACCUGGAUCAAGCUAAUGAGGAACAAGAAACAGAAUUUUUAAAGCUUCAGGUCAUAGAACARCAGAACAUAAUUGAUGAAUUAACAAGGGACAGGGAGAAACUCAUUCGUCGCAGAAAGCAUAAAAGGAGCUCGAAGCCAAUUAAAAGACAUGUGGUAGAUACAGUUUUUGGGUAUGAUGAUGAUUCCAUGGACUCUGAAACAUCCUCUGUGGCCUCAUAUAGAACAGACAGGACACCAGCAACCCCAGAUGAYGACCUGGAUGAGGGUUUAGCAGCGGAAGAGUCAGAGCUGCGGUUUCGACAGCUGACCAAGGAGUACCAGGCCCUGCAGAGAGCRUAUGCACUGCUGCAGGAACAGACAGGAGGGGUCAUAGAUGCUGAAAGAGAAGCCAGGGCUCAGGAGCARCUUCAAGCUGAAGUCCAGAGGUAUAAAGCCAAAAUAGAAGAUCUGGAGAAAACUUUGGCUCAGAAAGGGCAGGACUCACAUUGGGUAGAAGACAAGCAGCUUUUCAUUAAGAGGAACCAAGAGCUUUUAGACAAGAUAGAGAAACUGGAAGCAGAAAACAACCGUCUUCAACAGGAGCUGCAGGAUGCUCGAGACCAGAAUGAGCUGCUGGAGUUCCGCAACCUUGAGUUGGAGGAAAGAGAAAGGCGGUCCCCACCAUUUAAUCUCCARAUUCACCCGUUCUCAGAUGGUGUGAGUGCUCUACAGAUCUACUGCAUGAAGGAAGGGGUUAAGGAUGUCAGCAUCCCAGACCUCAUAAAGCAGUUAGACAUCCUAGGUGAUAAUGGGAAUUUAAGGAAUGAAGAACAAGUGGCCAUAAUUCAGGCUUCUACGGUAUUGUCCUUGGCCGAAAAGUGGAUCCAGCAGAUCGAGGGAGCUGAAGCUGCUUUGCAUCAGAAGAUGAUGGAACUGGAGAGUGAUAUGGAGCAAUUUUGCAAAAUAAAGGGUUAUUUGGAGGAAGAAUUAGACUACAGGAAGCAAGCUCUUGACCAGGCRUACAUGAGGAUCCAGGAGCUUGAGGCCACCUUGUACAAUGCUUUGCAGCAAGAAACUGUUAUAAAGUUUGGGGACCUACUCACUGAAAAACAGCAGGAAGAGCUGAGGACAGCAGUAGAAAAGYUAAGACGUCAGAUGCUGAGGAAAAGCAGAGAGUAUGAUUGCCAGAUUCUUCAGGAGAGAAUGGAGCUACUCCAGCAGGCUCAUCAGAGGAUCCGAGAUUUAGAAGAUAAAACUGACAUCCAAAAGAGACAAAUUAAGGAUCUAGAGGAAAAGUUUCUAUUUCUAUUCUUGUUCUUCUCUCUUGCCUUUAUUCUUUGGCCUUGAUGUCAAUGUGCCUCUUGGAAAGAGUGCCCGACCACACAGAUGAGUCCUUAUAAAGGCAAAUGCUUCCACCCCUCGAUGAAGAGAAUAUUGUUUACACCUAUUUUCAAAAUUAUAAAAAUGAACAACCUGUAGCCAAGACUGCAACCACCUUGUAUUUUAAAGCCAUCACUCAAAAUUUGUUACCUGACAGUUCCUGUCUAAAGCUAUGAUAUAUGCUGCAUCUAAUGAAAUUCUGUAUAUUGAAAUGACAAAAGGGGAAGAAAAAUAAACUGACAACCUGCAUCACCUAGRAAGAACUGAAAGGGAAGGAACCACUUUCAGCUGAUCAAGUCAGUGUGUCUUGGGCAUGGAACCAAAGUUACAAUAGAAAAAUCUAUCCCUGCUGUGCAGGGCAGUCAUUUAAAUGUCACCCUGUCAUCUGACAAAUGGAUCAAAAAUGAACAGAUCAGAAUAGGAGAACCUCAAGAGAUGUUGACAGCAAAGUGCUCAGUUUGAACUGUGUGGCUUUCUCACUGCAGGGACUCCUGCUCUCCCUCUUUGGUUUUAACCUCAGGAACAAAUGACAGCUGUAAUGUGGAAGGAAGAAAGGAAAAAAACAGUCUGGGUUUUUGCAGAUUGUGCAGGACAGGUCACCAUGCUUUGUGYUUGAACUCAUAACACAUCACCACCUGCCUUGGCCAAGGAAGCAGUGAAGAGGGUGUCUGGCAUAAGGAGGGUUUCUGAUGGACUUGAAGCCUUAUCUCUCUUCACCAUCUUUCCAUGAAGAAUAGCCUGUGUAUUAUCGGRAAUUUGCAUACUCUUUAAAGACUGCCAUUGAGAUAAUAAUGACUAUACUUGUUUUCACURUUGAAUAACCACUGAGGAUCGCUGAACUGGACUUCUGAGAAAGAAAAAUGUUGGAGGACAAGGCAGGGAAGAAAGCUAAUCCCCUUAUCCAUGUGACAUGAUUCACAAAGCAUCAGCUUCCAACUGUUCUAUCCCAGCUUGAAAAAAAAAUGUUUUGGUUCAGUUUAUCAACUGACUUUGUUAGCUGGCUUCCUGAUCAAUGUUACCUAAACCAAAAAUGGGGAAAAACUUUGUGAACACAACCUUAUUACAACUAAGAAAUAUUGCUMCUCUCUUUAGAUUUUUCCACAGUUAAGAGUAACUAAAAGUAGUUUUCAUUUCAAAGCAUUACUUACCUCUUUA